CCGUGGCCUCAGCCCCGGGAGUGAGCGCGGAGGGGCCAACGCCCGCCCGCGCGGGGGCAGGGCAGGGCCACCGGCCGGGGAGAGGCGCCCAGGGGCCCCAUGCACUACAAGCCCCAUGGUGCUUUGCCAGGCGGCGCUCCGCGACACGCAGCGCUCCGGGGCCCCUCUGCCCUGAUUCCGGGGAAAGCGCAGCAGAGAGCGGCAGGGGCGGCUGCCGGCCGGCGGGACGCGGGCAGGGCGAGAACCAUGUGGGUGUUCGGCUACGGCUCCCUCAUCUGGAAGGUGGAUUUCCCCUACGAGGACAAGAUGGUCGGGUACAUCACGGGCUACAGCAGGAGGUUCUGGCAGGGCAGCACCGACCACCGCGGGGUGCCGGGCAAGCCUGGAAGAGUUGUGACUCUUAUUGAAGAUCCUGAGGGUUGUGUAUGGGGUGUUGCUUACAGAUUGCCCGCAGGACAAGAAGUUGAAGUAAAGGCAUACCUCGACUUCAGAGAGAAAGGAGGCUACAGGACUACAACUGUCAUUUUCUAUCCAAAAGAUCCCUCAAUAAAACCAUUUAAUGUAUUAUUAUAUAUUGGAACUUGUGAUAAUCCUAACUAUCUUGGUCCAGCACCCCUAGAAGACAUUGCUGAACAGAUUUUUAAUGCAGUUGGUCCUAGUGGAAGAAACACAGAAUACUUGUUUGAACUUGCCAAUUCCAUCAGGAAUCUUGUACCAGAAGAUGUGGAUGAGCAUCUCUUCUCUCUAGAGAAACUAGUAAAGGAACUCUUGGAAAGAAACCAAAACCUCAAUUGCAUAUAAAAAUAAUUUAAUAGUUUCAAAUGAGCUUCUCCUUUCAUCUUCAGAAUUACGGUUUCAUUGCACAACGGGUAUAUGAUUUGGAGGCAUGUUUAUCUGUACUACACUAUCUUAUUUAUUUUAAUGUUGCAUUCAAGACACUGUAGUUAAGGGUCACUAGAAGAUUCCAUUGUAAAACCAUAUUUUCAGGAGUUUAUAACAAUGGGAGGGGGCAGAGGUGUUUCAGGUUUGAAUUUGGUAUACAAGAUAUUAGCCAAAGAGCAUAUUUUUCUUUUUCAAAAUUUGAAGAAAAUCAACUUUGGCCCUUUAUUUUUUGU